UUGGGCGCGGACGGGCGGGACCUCUGCGGGACGGGACCGGGCAGGCGGCGGCCGAGGUAGUGGGUAUCGAAGGCUCCUCGGGCUCCUCGCUCGGUUCCCGUGGCAGGUUCGGCCCGCAGGGCUUAGUCCCUCGCCAUGGACUCGCAGAAAGAAGCUCUACAAAGAAUCAUUUCAACUCUGGCGAGUAAGAACGAUGAGAUUCAGAUCUUUAUUGAUACACUAAAUCACACACUCAAAGGAGUUCAGGAGAAUUCUUCUAACAUACUUUCAGAAUUAGAUGAAGAAUUUGAUAGUUUGUACUCUAUAUUAGAUGACGUAAAAGAAAGCAUGAUCACCAGCAUCAAGCAGGAACAAGCCCGUAAAUCACAGGAGUUACAGAGUCAGCUUAGUCAAUGUAACAAUGCUCUGGAAAACUCAGAAGAACUACUAGAAUUUGCAACACGGUCAUUAGAUAUAAAGGAACCUGAAGAAUUCUCAAAGGCUGCCAGACAGAUCAAGGAUAGAGUCACAAUGGCUUCAGCCUUUCGCCUCUCUUUGAAACCAAAAGUCAGUGACAACAUGACACAUUUAAUGGUGGAUUUCUCUCAGGAAAGACAGAUGCUGCAGACUUUGAAGUUUUUGCCAGUUCCAAAAGCUCCAGAGAUAGAGCCAGUAGAGUGUUUGGUGGCUGACAACUCUGUAACUGUAGCUUGGAGAAUGCCUGAAGAAGAUAAUAAGAUUGACCACUUCAUAAUGGAAUACAGGAAAACAAAUUUUGAUGGACUUCCACGCGUGAAGGAUGAGCGAUGCUGGGAAAUGAUUGAUAACAUUAAGGGUACUGAAUAUACGUUAUCAGGCUUAAAAUUUGAUUCAAAGUAUAUGAAUUUCAGAGUACGAGCUUGCAACAAGGCUGUGGCUGGAGAAUACUCUGACCCAGUGACCCUAGAGACCAAAGCACUUAACUUCAGUUUAGAUAACUCAUCAUCACAUUUGAACUUGAAAGUUGAAGAUUCCUGUGUAGAGUGGGAUCCUACUGGAGGAAAAGGCCAAGAAAGUAAAGUUAAAGGAAAAGAGAAUAAGGGCAGUGUCCAUGUUACUUCACUGAAGAAACACACAAGAAGUGGUACGCCAUCCCCAAAACGGACAUCUGUAGGCUCCAGGCCACCAACAGUAAGAGGCAGCAGAGACCGUUUUACUGGGGAGUCAUACACAGUGCUAGGAGACACUGCUAUUGAAAGUGGACAACAUUAUUGGGAAGUAAAGGCCCAGAAGGAUUGUAAAUCCUAUAGUGUAGGCGUAGCAUACAAAACUUUGGGGAAAUUUGACCAGUUAGGAAAGACAAACACUAGUUGGUGCAUCCAUGUCAACAGCUGGUUACAGAACACUUUUGCUGCCAAGCAUAAUAAUAAGGUCAAAGCUUUGGAUGUUCCUGUUCCUGAGAAAAUAGGUGUGUUUUGUGACUUUGAUGGGGGCCAGCUUUCUUUCUAUGAUGCACACUCUAAGCAGUUGCUAUACUCCUUCAAGACAAAAUUUACUCAACCAGUACUGCCUGGUUUCAUGGUCUGGUGUGGUGGACUGUCAUUGAGUACUGGAAUGCAGGUUCCAAGUGCUGUGAGAACACUUCAGAAAAGUGAAAAUGGAAUGACUGGUUCAACGAGCAGCCUGAACAACGUCACUCAGUAAUGGCACCGGAGACUGUGGCAGCCUGAACAAUGUCACUCAGUAAUGGCACCGGAGACUGUGAUUACCCUUCCUCUUUGACAGGGUGGCCUUUUCCACGCAUUUCCUAACACAGACAUUUCUGAGUGGUGGAAAUCAGGUUUGCUAUGCUCUGCUUUGAAGCCUGGAACCUGUUAGAUUAAGCACCAAAUAGGAAGCAGACCCAGGACAGUACUUGGUGUCACAGAAGCAAGCAGUUACAUGCAGGAGGCUGACAUUUGAGUAAUGAAUAGGAAAGGGGUGGUAUUGAAAUAUUUAUGUAGAAACCCAUUUUUCUGUUUCGUGAGCUCCUCUGACUCGUCUAGUAGGUGUGACUAUAUAUGGACCCAGGGCCUGGGCUGCAAAGCUUUUAAAGCUUGCCUUUCCUCUGCACCAUGUUCUUGUUUCUCCUCACUAGUUGUCAUUAAUUCCUUUCACUGAAGCUUUAAAAACACAAGGUCCCCUAAGGCUUCCUAGAAAUUCAAAUCAUUGCCUAGGGAUGGCAGAGAAAUUUUCUUACAAUAGUGUAUCUCACCCUUUUAUAAAUAAGUGGAGCUUUUGAUAGAUAACUUACUUACUGGCUAGAUUCAUAUUAUUUUCUCCUAUAAACUAUUGUGAUAUUGUUCUUAUAACCCAAAAUAUCAAGCAGAUAGGACGAAUUUGGGCAGUGCAAAGGGCAUGGUCUUCACGUGUGCUUCUCUGGAGUCACUCCUUCUGCUCCUCCCUGGCUCCUGGGGAACCUCUGGAAAAGAUGAGCACUCGGAUUUUCUUCUCUUCUUAAACCCUACCUUUUAAAGCUCUCUUUGAUAAAAAUUUCCACUUAAAUUUGGCACUGGUGAUAAUUAUUGCUUAUUUUUACCCUUCCUAAUAAGAAUGAAAGUUUGUUAAUUAAGUACAUUAUUAAUUUUUUUGUCUAUGAAAGAUGAUAAAGAAAUAUUCCUAAAGUAUUCUUUUCUGGAAUGAUUUAUAUGUGCUUUCUACAGAGAUAUGGGAUGCUUUAACUAGGAGUUUUGAGACAAAAACUACAUGUAUCUGACUUAACUGACACAUGUUUUUCAAACAAUCAUUUGAAUGUUUUUGUGGGGUUUUUUCCUCUUUUCUUUCUUUUUUUUCUUUCUUUUCUUUUCUUUUUUUGGUCUUUUUGUUCCACUCAUUCACUGUUUAAAAGUUUCUGAUUCUUCCAGAAAUGAACAUAGAUGUCUUUUUCAAACCCACACAUUUCCCAAAGGAAUGUGUGAAACAGUGAGCCAAAGCUGUGGUUAUUAACAGUGAAACCUUCUAUUACAAAUUGGUUAAAACUUUCAACUCAAGUUUUUUGAGCCAAAGUAGAAGUUGAAAUUAUAAAACUGCUUUCAGAAAUUUAAAGAAAUGAAAAUUUGACUUUUAAUUAAUUUUUGUUACUUUUAAAUCUCUUUUUGUUUUGAGAAUCUUGGGCUUUGGCAAACUUCCCUGCGGAAGUGUCUGUUCUUGCUUUCUGUGUGUAGAUUGUAUAAUAGUAAUAAGUAUUUACUCUUAAAAUUUACUGCUUACUGGCAUGAUUGUAUUUGUUCUGUUGAAGAAACAAACUUGACCUAGGAUAUAAUUUUCCAUAUAUCAGAUAUUUACAGUAUUAUCUGAUAACAUGUUGGUAGUUUUUAAGACUAAAGCAGUUUACAGAAUAAAGUAUGUCAAUAUUCUUUGGUUCCCCAAAGUAGUAUUUUACUUUUCAUUUCUCAUAGUUUGAAAGACAUUUUUCAGAGUUCUACUACCUCUAGGAAUGUUAUUUCAUGACCUAAGGGAAAGGAAUUGCUCCUUUUUGUAGACUCAUACCUGAAAGCAGUAAUUUACUGGAAUUGCUUUGUGUGGCUACUCAGUAUGUUUUGUCAAAAAUGACAUGAAAGGGACAGUUGUUCUUAUAUAGAACUUUUCAUUAUGAUAUCAUAUCAUAGUUGUGUCUUCUUAUUUAUACAGUGCCUUUUUCCUCUACACAUGCUCAUUGUCAACUGAAUUUAAGCCAGCCAGCUUUGUACUGUAGUGGUGAGGGCCUUCUGUUGAGGGCUAGAAAAGUACAUGUGAUUCUUCCUUGUGCUCAUCCCAUCAUUUGAGACCUUCUAAAAUUUCCAAACAAUCAUUGGAAAAUGUGUGACUUCUCCUGGGAAGGUUUUGUUUCUCAGAGGAUUUGUAGUAUGAAGUCAGUGAAUGAGAAUCCAAGUUUUCAUAAAGUGAUAUAUUUGGUACUAAUUAUUCCUCUAUUUUAAAAUAAGCAUCAGAUGUUUUUCUUCUCUCUGAUUCUUAU